AAUCUUUGGGAAACAAUAAACAAAGGCAAAGGCAAAGACUAACGUGAAUUAGGUGAUGUCCAACUUUCCCCCAAAUUAUGCCCGAUAUACAUGGGUUGACAUUUUUUGUCUUUUAACUAGUUGCAGGUGAGGUGACCCUGCCAUAACUGCGCGCAUCUGAAUCAAACAUGCCCACCGCCAUGGCUUGGACAUGGACCAUAGCCACAGUACUGGUGAUGCUUGCUUAUCUCCUCCGAGAAUGGGCAUGGAAAAGCAGCAGCAAGAUGAAGAAAUUACCUCCUGGUCCAAGAGGGUUCCCUUUCUUCGGGAACCUUCACAUGUUGGGGGAAUUACCUCACCGUGAUCUGCAUCGACUAGCCCAAAAGCAUGGCCCCAUCAUGUACUUGCGCUUAGGCUUGGUGAAUGCCAUUGUUGUCUCAUCGCCUCUGGCUGCGGAGCAGUUCCUUAAAGCACACGACCAGGUGUUUGCUACUAGACCCCCUCUUGAGGCCGCAAAGCACCUCUCUUAUGAGCAGAAGAGCUUGUCCUUCGCCCCAUCCGGCUCCUAUUGGCGCAACAUACGCAAGAUGUGCACCCUCGAAUUGCUUAGCAAUCACAAGAUCAAUUCCUUCAGACCCAUGAGAAAACAAGAGCUUGGGCUUCUGAUAAAGUUUGUUCGAGAGGCUGCGGCCGCGGCCAGCGGCGGCGAUUGUGCUGCCGUUGAUCUGAGCGCCAAGGUUUCGUCUCUCAGCGCCGAUAUGAGUUGCCGUAUGGUGUUUGGGAAGAAGUACGCGGACGAGGAUCUUGAUGAGAAGGGAUUCAAGGCUUUAAUCCAUGAAGGCAUGCAAGUGGCGGCAACUCCGAACCUCGGUGAUUAUAUUCCUUUUAUUGCGCCGCUUGAUCUGCAGGGGCUAACACGGCGGAUGAAGGCGGUUAGUAAGAUAUUCGAUGACUUUUUUGAGAAGAUCAUUGAUGAACAUGUCGAAUCCCAGGAUGAAAAUAAGACCAAGGACUUUGUUGAUGUCAUGUUGAACUUCAUGGGAUCUCAAGAAUCUGAGUACCGUAUUGAACGCUCCAAUAUCAAAGCUAUAAUCCUGGACAUGCUUGUAGGCUCAAUGGACACUUCAGCAACAGUCAUUGAGUGGGCAUUGUCAGAACUAAUGAAGAAUCCUCAAGUAAUGAAGAAACUUCAGAAGGAGUUGGAAGUUGUGGUGGGGUUGGAGAGGAUGGUAGAGGAAUCAGACUUGGAUGGCUUGGAGUACUUGGACAUGGUUUUGAAGGAAAUCUUCAGGCUACACCCAAUACCAUUGUUGCUACCUCACGAAGCCAUGGAGGAUUGCACAGUUAAUGGUUUCCACAUACCCCAAAAGUCUAGAGUCAUAGUAAACAUAUGGGCAAUUGGGAGAGACCCAAGUGUUUGGAAUGAUGCAGAGAAGUUCUUCCCGGAAAGGUUUGUCGGAAGUAAUGUCGACGUCCAGGGACGGGACUUCCAACUUAUUCCGUUUGGCUCCGGUAGAAGAGGCUGCCCGGGGAUGCAAUUGGGUCUAACGGUGGUUCGGCUAGUGGUGGCACAGCUUGUCCAUUGCUUUGAUUGGGAGCUUCCAAAUAAUAUGCAGCCAAAUGAGUUGGACAUGACUGAGGAGUUUGGUCUUACAACUCCAAGGGCCAAGCAUCUACUUGCAAUUCCUACUUAUCGCCUACACAUAUAAAGAACACUAUAGGGAGAGUUUAAUUUCUUCAAUUGUCCCACAAAAUUCUUGAUUUUUCUUGGUUUUGUGUGGGAGAGUUAUGAGUUGUGUAUUUGUAGAUUCAGCGAACGACUA